UCGUCAACACCUCUUCCCGGGUCAUUUGCAGAUGUCGAGCGAUAGGCUUCCAUGAUGGUCUCGCUAAACGACAACCCUGUGCGUAUGCAUUCAACUUGAACAGUAUCCCCGGUAAUAUCCUCCGAUUCCGUCAAUAAUGUCACCCAUGCCCCGCGUCCUGGUGAAGCCAGAAUGACUGCAUGACAUUAUGUAGGACACUGCGCAGACUUCCCAUGUACUACAUAUUACUCCAGCUUUGCAUCUCCUGUACAUGUAUAGGUAUUGUGCAUGAAACAAUCAAUUGCAUCUCCCCAAGGCUCAGACCAUCCGGCAUCUGAAUCUGUGUGCGAACUCGAAUCACUCACCAAUAGCAGCUGUCGGUCUUACCCGCCAGACGCUCUGUAAUCAGAUCCAGAUUCCCAAUCCCCCAUCUAGAACUACUACUUUGUUCACCCAAUGGCCAACGACAACGACACCAACACCAACAAAAACCCCCUCAAAGAAGCCGCAAAAUCCAACCCGACAGCCCUCGGCGACCCCGUCUCUCUCAAGGCCGAGAUCUCAAACUCCUCCCCGACCAAGGGUGAUCGACCAGGCGAAACCACGGGCUCUGACAAGAACCAGAACAAACAAAACCAAACCCAGAAUAGUUCAGAAAAGAAGAGCCUAAAAGACGUCGCGGAGCAAGACCUUGACCAGGCAAAAAAAGGAAACCGAAACCGCUCGAUGUUAGGAGAUCCCGUAAGUUUGAAAGCCGAAAAGUCGGACGGUGAGGAUCCCGUCAAGGACGACGAGAUGGGCGGUGUCACGGGCAACAAGGGGCGGGAUUCGAAAUUGUGACGGCGACUUCGAAGGGACACCCGGAUUAUGUAUAUGUAUAUUAUAAAGCAGAGGCCUCUCGUGCCACAACAAUUAGGUACCUUGAUCAUACAUCGAGCCUGGUAACGAGACCAAAGAAGAAAAAAAAGAAAAGAAACCGCCAGAACUAUACCGUCUCAAGCCUGAGUGAUAUGAUAUUGCCAUUAGUACGCGAUGCUUGUGCGCAUUACCAUCAUCACGCGUCGCGAAGCGCCAGUAACCGCAAGGUACCUAGUCCAUGGCCUUCAAUUUCGUCGAAAAGUAGCAGUAGCAGUAGCAUAGGAAUAAAAGCGCAA